AUGCCUCCGCGUUGUGUGACCAACCAACUCUAUUACGAAGAUGGUAAAGCUAAGCUCUUCCUUAAUGCCCAAGCGGAUGCCCCUUCACUCUGACAACACUUUUGUGAUAUGGUACCAGCAAACACAGCGAGGGUAAGGGCUGUGGGACUCGUCAUUGCAGCCUUUUCCCAGGUCACCCAGCAGCACAGCUCACUCCAGCCGAAAGCACGCCAUGGCGGAGGAGAAGAAGAAGAAGCACAUGCACAAGCAGAAGGAGAAGGAGAAGCAGCCAGGCGGCACGGAGCAGGCGCUCUUCAAGCCGUGCGCCGACGUGAAGGGCAUCCGGUUCGGAGGCCAGUUCAUCGUCAAGUCGUUCACGGUGCGGCGAGCGUCGCCGCUGGAGCUGCUUCGACUGCUCGACAUCCCGCCGUCGUACCUGAGCGAGUGCCAGAGCCUGCCGUUCCCGUCCACGACCACCUACAUGCCCACCAGCUUCACCAUCCUGGCGCACCAGGCGUGGCACACGCUGACGCUCGGCCUGGGCACCAAGAAGUCCAAGGUGGUGCUGUUCGUGUUCGAGUCCGAGAGCAUGAAGGCGGCCGUGGACCAGCUCUGGCCGGCCAUGAUCCCGCUCGGGGACGUCAACAAGAAGCUCAUCCGCGGGCUCACGGGAAGCGAGAUGGCGCGGUUUAAGUUUAGGAAGGGCUGCCUAACCAUCUACGUCUACGCCGUGCGCCGGCUGGGCGCCGCCGGGUUCAUGUGCGCCGACGACCUCAGGAGGAUACUGCAGGCGGUGGUGGAGCUCAAGGAUUUCUUGGAUCACACCACCAUGCUCGCCAUGCCGAGCCAGAAGAGCAUCACUCUGCAGUCCCGGGUCGCCGUGGCUCACUGAGAUCAGUGCAUUUCUGUUGAGGCUACAAGAAACCUGAUCACUUCAGCAGUGCAGAACAGGUAUGCCCGGCUUGCAAUUUGCAGGGGCCCUAAUUCUUUUUCGGUUCGAUUCGUUUGUUCAGUGUCGGUGCAAGUGUUCAUCUCCUCUGCUGGGAGAUGUAUAGAUCUGCUGAGCAAAGUGUUUCAGCAAAUUAAGCAUAGGCUUUUCCAAAGGCAAUUUUCUUUCCAUGGGUCUCACAUUUUGAUAUACUCCUGUCCCUGAAAUAAUCCAUCAAUGAAGCCAUCUGUGCUAUGACA